AUGGAUUCCCCUAUGGAGAAAGUGAUUGCAUUUUUAGGAUUAGGGAUAGAUGAUACUCGUGCUGUGGGGAUAUGGGGAAUGGGUGGAAUUGGUAAGACAACUAUUGCAAGAGCUAUUUAUGACCAUAUCUCUUCCCAAUUUGAAGGUUGCAGCUUCAUUGACAAUGUUAGAGAAGUUUCAGCAAAAAGUGGUCUGAAAACUCUGCAAGAACAACUCAUUUUCGAAAUCUUAAUGGAAAAAGAUUUGAAAAUAGGAAGUGUUGGUAGUGGAGUAAGUAUGAUAAGGAACAUGGUAUGCCGUAAAAAGGUUCUUAUUGUUUUCGAUAAUGUGGAUGAAUCAACAGAACUUGAAAAAUUAGUAGGAGAGCAUCAUUGGUUCAGUUUUGGAAGUAAAAUCAUUAUAACAACUCGAAAUCAACAUGCAUUAACUAGAUAUGGGAUAACACAUAUUUAUGAGGUUGAGGAAUUAGGAGAAGAUGAUGCUAUAGAACUCUUUAAAUCAAAAGCCUUCAGGAAACACCAACAAAUGGGAGGCUAUGGAUAA